AUGUUUGCUCAGUUGUGGAGCAGGUAUGUCAUCAACCCCAUCCAGGUGCGUGUCAAGCAGAGGGCUGCAAGAAGAUUGGAAGAACUUCUACCUGGGCAUAGUCUCCAAGAGACGGUAUUGGAUGAGCUGCUAGAGGAGGAGGAUCCACAGCCGCGGGGGCAGUGCUCUGUAGAGGUGAACCUCUCAGGCGAGGGCUUGACAGUUGUGUUCCCGGAGAGCGUGGCGGGCACAGCUCGUCAUGUGUUGCAGGUCUGCGUCAGUGGGGCUGAAUGCGGCUUUCGUGCAUUUCAGUCUGGUGAUGCUGCUGCAGCUGUUUCGCUGAUGGCUGUAAACCUCGAAUUGGAUGGGCGCAUGCUCUUGAUGCCACGGCGAGGGGACAAACUCCUCAAGGAGUUGCAGAGCUUUGUUGGACAAGUCCUCCGCGAGGGAGGGGAAGAUGCCUCCUUGGCAUAUCCAAGAAGGGGCAAGGGGAAAGGAAAGGGCAAGGGCAAGAGCAAGGGCAAGAGCAAGGGCAAGGGCAAGGAUGUCAAGGGCAAAGGGAAGUUCGGAAAAAACGGAAAGGGCAAGAGCGGCAAGAGGUUGCUGCGAAAGCAGAAGCGUCAAGAGAAGAAAGCGAGACGCGACCAUUUCUUCGGUCACAAAGCUGAGACGGAGACAAAGGAGACAAAGGUCACAUCAAAGUCGAAAGCGGGCAUGGACGGGAAGUCUGGGAAGCCAGCGCGAAAAAGGAAGUUUCGGGAUGACGAUGAAGAAAUCACCUCGGAAGAUGAAGGUCCAAAGGACGACCAGGACGAAGAUGCUGGCAAAUCUGGUACCCUUCAGCCUGAUGCAGGGGACUUUGCAGAGGAAGGAGCAGAAUCAGAAGAGCCACAGGCAAGUGAUGCAGAAGCAAGUGAGGCUCCUGACGAAGCCGAGGGAAGGUCAGAAGUGGCGCAAGGAGGGUACUUGCCCCCGCACUUGCGAGCAAAGGCACGAGAUGGCCUUCAAUCUCAACAGCGAACUCUGCGAGGUAUUUUGAAUCGUGUUUCUGAAGGUAACUUGGAUCCAAGUAGUCUGGAAAUUGUGAAAGUCCUCAGUGAUUUAGUUCCCCAAAUUGGCUCUGCCAAAGCAGCAGAUGCCUUUGUGGAGGCGCUCCUGUCAGCGGCUGUGGAAGAUCCCAAUAUCUCAGUACUUGUUCUUGGUUGCUUCGCAGCUCUUGUCGCAGCUUGCCAUGUGGUCUUUGGUCCCGCCUUCGGGGCCGCAGCCCUCUUGAAGUGCCUGGAGAUGCUGCGUUUGAGGAUGAAGAUGUCAACAGAUGCAGACCCUGAUGAACCCAGCAAUGAUGCGAGAAUUGCCAAGAACUGUGUGAUUUUCACCAUGCUGAUGUUCAGCUUUGGAAUUUUACCUGGCAAUGUGGUCUUCGACGUGGUGCGCUUCGUCCUGACGCGGCCCAUCACCGAGGUCUCCGCAGAGCUGUCGUUGACCAUUCUGCGCUACGGGGGCCGGCAGCUGCGCUCCGACUGCCCGGAGGAUUUUCGGGAAGUCCUGCGCUUUGUGACCACUGAAGUCGGUGAGGCUCAAAUGGCCACGCGAUCUGAGACUUCAAGCAAGUCGAGCAUGGAAACUCGAAUGGAUUAUUUGCUGAAGGAGCUGAAUGAUCUGAAAAACAACAAGGUUUCAUUUGCAGUGAUGGAUCGCUUCAAUCAGACCCGCGGUUGGCUUCAGACUGCCCCCCUGCUGAAGGGCCGGAAAGUGUCCGACCAUGUCCUUGCGGUACCUUUUCGUGUUCUGCAUGAUGAGGUGCCUCCCAACUGGCCGACACAAGAUGCGGCAUCCACCACAGUCUUGGCCAGAUCAAAGGCUUCGAAUCAGUCAGAUCCUUUGCGCCAGGCUGCAGUUGCUCAACGUCUCACAUCUGAGUUGCGACAAAAUUUGUUCGUGGCACUGAUGGGAGCAGAAGACUAUGAAGAUGCUGUUGAACGGGUGUCCAUGGCCGCCAGCGGAGCUAAAACUGGCUCUGCAGAGGCCUGCGUUGUCCUGUUCCAUUGUGCCAUCGGCGAGCGAAAGCCCAACGCUUUCUAUGCUCAUGUUGCGCAGAGCCUAUGCAGCCGGCCCGCUCCGGUAGGCAAGCGGUUCUCGCAUAGCAUGAAGAGGGCAGCGGUGCAGCAUAUCCAGCAAGCACAUACCUAUGGAGUUCGUGCUGCAGUGUGUUUGGCCGAGCUAUUGGCUGCGAUGAUGAUCUCCAGCAGCGUCCAGCUGCCAAUGGCAGUUGUCCGCUUCACCCGAUUUGGCGGUGAUGAGGAGGGUGGUGGGGAGGGCCUCCAGGGUGUCUUGGGCCUUCUUCUCCGACACCUGGUGGAAUCUGUGCUGCAGCGGGCGGUGGAUUCCCAGAUCCCAUCUCUCUUUGGGUCCUUGCGAAAGUACAAUGACGUGCGGGAAGGGAUGCUACUUGUGCUGGACGGGCAGGUGCGACCACGACUGCCGCCACAAGCUGCCAACCCAGCGAUCUGGGACAACUUCAGGCAGCGGGAUUACGACAAGUUGGUGGCGUUUCUCAGCAGCUCCAUCCGCGAAGCCAUGCCGUCACGUAGGAGACCUGAGGCCACACAGGCAGAUGAGGCCCAUGAGAAGAUGCUUGACACGGCUGAGGAUGAGAUGAAGGAGCAGAGCCGACAUGGAGUCCUCGACUCGGCUCAAGUUGUAGCAUCUGGCUGA